UGUCACUUUCACAAAAACAAAACUGUCUUUGAGCUUUAUAACUUUUCUACUUUCUCUAACUGCAGCAGCCGACUGACACUAAUGGGCAACAACACGGGCGUUUAAGUUUUGAUACAUUGUUUAACUUGUUAAAAAGAUCACCAUGUCCCAGGCUGAUACUGACCCCUUUGCUGACAUCAGCUCUCCCCCCACUGAGCCCCUUCACCCCGACCCUGGAUCCUGUCAGGAUGUCCCAGCAGCCUUUGCAUCGCCUCCAGCCUCUCUACAGCUUCCUCUGAUUCCUGAGAGUUUUAAUCUCCCGCGGUCCACCACUGAGGAGACGACCACAGAGGACAUGACCACCGAGGCUAACCCUUCAGAGGGUCCGACCGAACAACCAGGGCCUGCUGCUGAGGGUCAGGUGAUCAUAUGUGACCAACCAGAACCCGCCGCUGAGGGUCAGGUGAUCUUGUGUGACCAACCAGUGAGUCUGGAGCCAGACGCAGAGGCUGUAAAGGAGGAUGUGGAGAGCUCACUGCAGGAGACAGAAAAAGGUUGGGGAGUUUGGAGUUCAUGGGGAAAAUCUCUUAUUAACAGUGCCACCUCUUCAGUGGGUCAGAGCCUGACCUCGGUUAAAACCAAGGCAGGAGAAGCUCUGCGCCUCCACAAGACCUCAGUAGGAGAGGAGGCGCGAGAAGAGGAGGAAGCAGUGGAGGAACAAAAGACCGAUGGAGGAGAAGGUGGAGAUCCUGAGCUGUCCGUCUCUGCUGAGUCUCCUGUUAGUGCUGCAUCUCCUGGCAGGGGCGUCUUCUCUAGCAUCACACACGCUAUGCAGAACACAGGUAAGUCAGUGAUCAGUGGAGGUUUGGAUGCUUUGGAGUUCAUUGGAAAGAAGACCAUGACUGUUCUUGCUGAGAGUGACCCGGGUUUCAAAAAGACUAAGACCCUGAUGCAGAAGACGGUGUCACUGAGUCAGAUGUUAAAGGAAGCCAAAGAGAAAGAACGGGCCCGCCUGGGCAACCAGCCAAUCAGUGUGCCCACAGCUCACUAUGGUAUUCUGUUUGACGACUACCAGGGCUUGUCACAUCUCGAGGCCCUGGAGAUCCUGUCCAAUGAGAGCGAGGCCAAGGUCCAAGCCUUCCUCUCCUCCCUGGUGGAAGAGGAGCAGGACGAGGUAAAGAAGGAGCUGAUCGUCAUUAAGAAUAUCUUCAUCAAGCGAGAGGAAGGUGAGGAAGAACAGGAAGAAGAAGGAGGAGAGAUGAAGGAUAACGGUGUUCUAAGUUCCCAAUUACACUGUUCAACCCCCCUAUCGGCCGACGGAGAGGAGUUUUUGAGCGUCCUCACUGAGCUGCUGUUUGAACUUCAUGUAGCUGCAACGCCAGACAAACUCAACAAGGCUCGAAUGAGGGCCCAGGAUUGGGUGAGCGAGGUGGAACAGCCUGUCUCUACGGAGACGGUUGACAGGGAAACGCCACAGGACCAGCCAGCAGGAGAGGCCUUACCUGGAGAAAACGAAGAGGAGGAGAAGAAAGACGGAGAAGAGCAUGUGGAGAAGAAGAGCGAGGGGGAGGAGGUGGAGGGAGGAGAGGAGGAAAAGAAGGAGAAAGAGAAUGACCCCAGAUGUGUAGAGGCUGUCUACCUGUCAUCAGUCAGCAGUCUUGCAGAAGUGACGGCUCGCAGUAUCGAGCAGCUCCACAAGGUGGCAGAGCUCAUCCUCCACGGCCAGGACCUGGAGAAACCAGCCAGAGACCAGGCCCACAUCCUCACCAGGUUGACAUGUGCCAUGUGUAAGGAGGUGAAGUGUUUGGCCAAGAAGUUCUCUGAUACGCUGCUUCUUGUUGGGGGCCAAAGGAAAGCAGAGGAGUUGAAUCCGCUGGUAAACGAUGUGCUUUUAGAGGGCUCCAACAGUACCAACUACAUUGAGAAUGCAUUGCAGCUGCUGCUGCCCGUUCUGCAGAUCUCCCACAUCCAGAGCCAGCAAUGUUGCUCCAAUUCAGAACCAUCAGCGCAGACACAGCACUAACAGACACACACACACACACAUACUCGCCAAAUGCUCACCUGCUCGCCUUAAUGUAUCUAUUGUUGUACAGAAAGUAUAGAGAAUAGAUUAUUUCAGAUCCCAUGCCAUCGCUAAAGGCCAAAGAUGGUUUACACAUACGUAAUAUCAUUUUGAAGAUAACAGUUUAACAAAAUAGACACUUGUAAAAAUUACCCAUGUUUGACAUUAUUUUGACUCAGCAUAUAUUUUUCUUUGAGGACACUAACUGACUUGUUCAGAGCUUAUUCAAGCAAAGCUACAACUCAAUCUGAAAAAACAUGUUUGUGUCGUCUCCAAAAACUGAACCAAAAAAAACGGACUGUAUGAAGGGACUCUACGUUAAUUUAAGCUUUCUUUGCACUCCUUAUGGUUCUUUGUGAUUUCAAUAUAAAGACCAUUGACUUACACUAGUGACAUGUCUGUUUGGCUGAAAUGUUCUUUGAAUCUGGUUGGAGGCUAAAUGCCAGUAUUAGUGAUUAUACACAACACAUUUAGCUUGUCUCUUUAUUUGUUUUGUGUAUGUUAAAUGAUGAAGUACCACUCUUAUUCGGUUUGAUUUGACACAGAUCUGUGCUUCAUACUUUAAAUGAGAAAAUAUUAAGUUCUCCUGCCUUAUUUUCUAUACCUUAUUGUUAUACUAAAGAUGUAAUGUAAAUGAAUUAAUCUCUAAUUAUGUUUUGUUAUGCUGCUAUAUUUAGUAAUAGUUAUAUAGUACAAAUUGUUUGAGUUUCGAUUUAUUGGGGAUUUUUGUUUAUUAGCUUUCUUGCCUCUUGAGAGUUAGCUGAGAGGUUCGAAACCACUCCUCAUCUGACUCUUGGAAAGAAAGAAACAAAUGUCACUCAAAUGUUUACCCUUAUCUUAAUAACUAAAUUACACAACAUGACUACUGCUUGGUCCAAAUCUGAACAUCUUGAAGAAGACAUUAGCCAAAACAUUUGAAUUAAUCUUGUCCUCCUUGUCCACACUUCUGGCUCCCAGGAGGUAAACAUCUCAAACAGUUUCAAAAUGAUUAUUUUCCCCCUUUUACUUCAAAUGUAAAGUUUUAGCAGCCAUUCCAAGGUGCUCACGGCACAUCUGUUCUUUAAUAUCCAGUGUUAAAUUGGCUCUUAGCUUCAAGCCAUUUCUCCUUUUCUGCUACUUCCCUUUUUAGAGAUGCAUUGCAGGCACGAAAGAAAUGACUGUCGUAAUGUUUUAACUCUUUCAGCUUCAUCCAGAUGAGAUUAGGCUGCGCAACAGCGAUGCUUCUGCCUUAGAAUACAAAAUUAUUUGUAAUGUGAAAUGAAAAGUCAUUUAUUUAAGUUUGGAGAGUUUACUAAUAUAUUGUGAUUCCCUUCUAAUAAUAAUGCCAUUAGACUGUCAAAAAUAAAUGUUUAACUUCAUA